GGAGUAUAUAACUGUUUGAAAAAGUUUAACUUAUUAAACAAAUCUCAAAAUAGAAUGCACGAAAUGAUAUAGAGGGCGCACUCUUACCGGCUUCGAGAUGUCGUUUUGCAGGUUUUCGCUUUUGGCCCGACAGUUCAGUACAUCAAGUACUGCGGCCCAGUUAGUCAAGCCUCCUAUACAGGUCUUUGGUCUUGGUGGACGCUAUGCCCAUGCACUCUACUCAGCGGCUAGUAAAGAAAAGAAGCUGGAUGUUAUCGAUAAAGAGCUCAAGUCAGUCGAGGAAACUCUACAGAAGAAUGUUAAGCUGGCAGAUUUCAUCAGUAAUCCAGUCAUUAAUCGACUGAACAAAAUCAGUGUGCUGAAUGACUUCUUGAAGAGUCAGAAGAUGUCACCCACAACGAUCAACUUCAUGACAGUCCUGGCUGACAACAACCGGCUGGGAAAGAUGAAGGAAGUCUUCAACGCGUGGGCUCGAAUCAUGAGCUCUCAUAGGGGUGAAGUCGUCUGCACCAUCACAACAGCCAAGCCACUUGAUGCAAGCCAACUGAAGGAGGUUCAGAGCGCAUUAAAAGGUUUCGUCAAGAAGACUGAAACACUUCAAAUGAACAUGCAGGUUGAUUCUUCUGUCAUGGGUGGAAUGGUGGUUGAGAUCGGAGACAAGUACGUAGACAUGUCAACAGCAACGCAAGUCAAGACAAUGACAAACCUCAUUAAAGAAGCUAUAUAAUCUAUGGACGUCCUGUUAGACCAGCCAACUUAUGACACGUAGUGGUUGGCAAGAUUUUUAAAGAGGUUUUAAUGAGAGUUUAUAGACCAGAAUUUUGUUGAUUUUGGAUUGGAGUAUUUCCGGGGGAUUGGUUUUGUAGACCAUCAUUCUUGUGGAUGUUUACAUUGCUUGUUUAUUGAGAACAGUCUUAUAUGCCAUCUUGGACUAGUUCCUUUUACAUGGUAGACAAGAUCCCAUUGGAGUUGGUCUCUAAAUUACCGGCACCAGUUUAGAAUUGUCAAGUCGAGACUUUGUUGGUCUUGUUUUUCUAGGAACAGAUAUGCAUGAUUUAAUUGGAGUUUGACGUGUGCAUUUAGGGUUUUCAUAAACAUGGAAAGUAACAUUCAAAUGAAAAAAAAAUAGAUUUUGUUCACAAUAAAAUUGGACAGUUGCUUUGGUGUUUGUUAUGCUCCACUGUCAGAAGACGAGCUUGUACUGGUAACGUUCUUGCAAACAUUCUGAAAGUUACUACAAAAAAGAUCUCCGAAAUGACUAGCAGCAGUGAUUAAGCCUUCAAAGAUAGAAUUCUAAUUGUAACCUGGGUUAAUAGGUACAUGUAAUAAAUUAACUCUAUAUUUCAACUUAAAGACAAUUUGGAAUGGUUCCUACUUCCCGAAUGUAGUUUGGCACUUACCAUUGCACUGUAUCCACAACUUAACAGUGUUGGUUCAUUUAAUAAAAUUGUUUUGCGAUGAUCUGA